AUGAGUAAUAGUUUUCCCAACUGGGAUUAUUACUCGAGUAGUGUGAUAUCGUACAUAAUAUUGCUUAUAUGGCAAUCGAAGUUUGUGAAAGUUCAGAUUCUUGGUGAAGAUACUCAAUUUGUGCAUUGUAAAAUCAGAGUUUCUGGUCAUGUAACAGAGUUCUUUUUAACUGCUGUGUAUGGCUCAAACUCUAUUUUGGACAGGAAAAUUUUGUGGGAUAAGCUCGCUGGGUUAGGGUAUUUGAAUCUUCCUUGGAUUGUUUUAGGAGAUUUCAAUGCUAUGUUUAGCUAUCAAGACAGGAAUGGAGGUAGACCCAUAACUGCAAAGGAGGUUUAUGAUGCUCAAAAUUGGCUAUCUUUAGGCCAAUUAGAUGAAUUUCGCUGUGCUGGUUCCUCUUACACCUGGUCUAAUAAGCAUGAAAUAGGGGACCGAAUAUACUCAAAAUUGGAUAGGGUCUUUACUAAUGAGAAAUGGUUGUAUCUCUUCCCUAACAUAGAAGGAAUUUGUAAAUGGGAUAGUAUUUCAGAUCAUAGUUACUGUGUAAUCAAGAACCAAGUUAUAGGGAAUAUUGGUAUUAAGCUUUUUAGGUUCUUUGACUGUUGGAUGUUCCAUAGUAUGUUUAAAGAUGUUGUUCUUAAUAGUUGGAACAAAGUUACUUCUAAAGCAGGCCUUGCUAGUAUUAUCCUAAAGCUAUAUAGGGUGAAACACAUGUUAAAGAAAUUCAGCAAAAAGGAAGUGGGUGACAUUCCUUACAGCUAUCAGGUAGCUAAGGAAAGCUUCAAUUUGGCCCAAGGUGCCUUAGCUAAUGACCCUCUCAAUACAAUGCACCAGUUAAAUGAACAGAUCAAGCUUCAAGAGUUUAUCCAAGCUAGGAAGAGGAACUUCAUGGGGAAGAAGAUUUCGGCCAUUAAAAGGAUUGAUACCAAUAGCCUGAGUUUUGGUGAAAAACUCUCUGUUCCGCAGCAGGUCAAAUUGAUCAGGCCUUUCACUAAGGAUGAUGUAAAAGAAGCUCUGUUUGGCAUUCACUCCAUUAAGAGCCCAGGUCCGGAUGGGUUUGGUGCAGGUUUUUUCAAAGGCCUUUGGAAUGAGAUAGGAAAUGACAUAAGUAUGGCAGUGUUAAAAAAAUUUCAUGAUGGUGUUCUGCCCAGCGGGCUUAAUGAGAGUGUUAUCUCCCUCAUUCCGAGACUGAAUCCCCUAAAAAAGCAGCAGAUUAUAGACCUAUUGCUUGCUGCAAUACGCUCUAUAAAUGCAUCUCUAAAAUGUUGUGUUCUCGACUUGCUCAAGGGUUAUACGAGGAAAGACAUCUCAGCUAGAUGCAUCAUGAAGAUUGACCUCAGUAAAGCCUAUGAUACAGUUGAUUGGCAGUUUGUGGCUGACCUGCUCAAGGGUCUUUGUUUCCCCUCGAGGUUCAUACAUUGGGUGUUGGUCUGUUUAAAGGGAACCUCUUAUUCAUUGAUGAUCAAUGGUCGGCUUCAUGGCACCUUUAGAGGGGAAAAGGGUCUUAGACAAGGAGAUCUGAUAUCUCCUCUUUUAUUUGUUUUGAUUAUGGAGUAUUUGACUCGGCUUCUACUUCAGACUUCUAGACAAAAAGGUUUUGGUUUCCAUCCCUUAUGCCUCUCAAUCAACAACACUAAGUCUCAUAUAUACUUUGGAGGCAUGAAAGACGAUUGUAAAUCUCAACUUUUGGAGAUUACUCAAAUGGAAGAAGGCUCUUUUCCACUUAAGUAUCUUGGAAUUCACCUAAGACCAACAAAAUGGAGAGCUGCAGACUGUGGGGAAAUCAUUGAAAAAAUUCAGCGGAACCUCCAUUCCUGA